AUGCAAGAAUCAACUCUUGGUAACUACGCUAUAGGAAAUACAUUAGGUGAAGGCACUUUUGGAAAGGUAAAAAUGGGAACUCAUUUAUAAACUGGCGAAAAGGUAGCGAUUAAAAUAUUAGAAAAAGCCAAGUUUGAAGAUGAAAGUGACGUAUAUAGAAUAGCCAAGGAAAUUGAAAUCUUAAAGAAGUUGAGACAUCCUCACAUAAUAUAAAUUUACGAGAUAAUCGACACUGAUAAGGAGAUAUAUUUAAUCAUGGAAUAUGCCAGCGGUGGAGAAUUAUUUGAAUAUAUAGUAAAAAAUCACAAAGUUUCAGAAAAGGUAGCAUGCAGAUUCCUGCUUCAAAUUUUGUCAGGAGUUGAAUACAUGCAUAAAAUUGGCAUUGUUCAUAGAGAUUUGAAACCAGAGAACUUGCUUUUUGAUCAUAAUCAAAAUAUUAAAAUUGUGGACUUCGGUUUAUCCAACACUUAUAAGCCAAAUGAAUUAUUGAAGACUGCCUGUGGAAGUCCAUGUUAUGCUGCCCCAGAAAUGAUUCAAGGUCUGAAAUAUUCUGGAUAUUUAAUCGACAUUUGGAGUUGUGGUAUAGUCUUAUAUGCAAUGCUUUGUGGAUAUCUGCCAUUCGAAGAUUAGAAUACUAAUCAAUUAUAUAAGAAGAUCAUUGCUGGAGAACUUGUAUUUCCUAAAUGGUUAUCAGCAGAAGCAAAGGAUCUCUUAAAAAAUAUUCUAAACACAGAUCCGAAAAAGAGAUUUACAAUCCCACAGAUAAAAGGACAUAAAUGGGCUAAGAUUAUUAAGUUAGAAGAGAAUUUUGGAAAUAUCGGAAGUGAUAAUAUUUAAGUUGAUGAAAUAAUAGUUGAGCAAUUGAAAAAUCUAUAUUCGAUUGAUCCCCAACUUUGUAGAAAACUUGUUAAGAAAAAUAGGCACAAUAAUAUCACUACACUCUAUUAUCUUCAAAUAUAGAAAAACAAAAAGAAUAGAACAUUUAAUUACUUUAAAAAAGAUUUCGAUGAUUCAAUUACUUAAUCGUAUAUUCUCAAUUCAUCGAAUCUGGAUUCUUUAAAUACAAGUAAUAAUAACACUUCCAGGUAAAAAUAGAAUACAAGCAAUGGGCAUUCUCCUUAACAUCGAAUCAUGACUUAAACCAAUAAUCGAUAACAAUCACCUUCACCUCAAACUUUUAAAUAGAUAACUAAACCAGAUUCACCAAAAACAUUUACCAUCUAAUUAAAAAGAGAAAUAGUUAAAAGAGCAUAAAUUAGACCCAUCAUUCCUCCCAUGCUCAAACCAAUUUAUUAAGUCGUUAACAAUUCUAUUUCAAGUGUUGGCACUAAUGGAAAUACACCGUUAUAGACCAAUAGAAAAACUGAAGAUUCUUUUUCAUUAGACAAAGCCAAGCCAAAAUUUAUUAAUAGAGAACGUGCCAUAAGUGCCAUAUCCGAAUACACUCAACCCAAUCCAGUCAAAACUCCUUAACCCAAAAUUCACAAGGGAGCCUUCAACUUACAAUGUACUACUAAUAGAGACCCUGCUAUCUUUGCUGCUGAGUUACUGAAGGUAAUAAUGUAAAUGUAGAUCAAAAUACUGUAGUAAAAUGAUUAAUAUGAUUAUGUAUGUUCAGCCAAUUUAUCUCUCAAGUUCGAAAUUUCAAUCAGACAGAUACAUAAUUGUGAUGGUCUUUACUUAUUAAAGUCUCACUACAUUAGUGGUGAUUGGGAAGAAUACCAGAAAACUUUAAAUAGACUUAUUUAAUUGUUAAAUUUUUGA